CAGGCGGCCUCCUGAUGCACAGAUGCUGUUUUUCAUCAGAAAUCCGAUGUCCUCGGAUAUAUCUGGACCUGUCAGGACAUCUGGCCCCCUUCCAUGUGCCGUGCCUUCAUCUUCGACUGGGCCUCGGUGCUGGAGAGUAAGAGGCCAGUGCCGGCAGGUGAAUGGUCAGACCAGUGCGACUGGAGGGCGCAGCUGGAGCGGGAUAGCGAGCAGGAUGUGGAGACCUCCAAGAGGACCAUCCAGGACUGGAGUCGGGAGCUGAGGAUGCAGUCAAAGCGUAGCGUGUGGCCGGGGGAGCCGGUGGUGCUGAUGCUGGAUGACCUGGAGACACAGUGGCGGAAGGGGCGCGUGCCAAGCCUGCUCUCUGCCAUGGAGCUGGUCAUGUGGACCCUGCUGACGGACGACCUGGAGAAGGAUUCUGUCCCCCAGCUGUGGUUCACCAGGAAACAAAGGAGUCAGAAAUUAAAUGCUACCAGGUACAUUCCUCACAAUGUCUGGAACUGGAUCACUGAAGCAGCAGUGGAGGUGACCCUUGACCCAGAUACUGCGAACCCGGACCUGUUGAUCUCCCACGACGGCAAGCGCAUGCGCUGCGGCUUUGAGAGGAAGGAGGUGCCCAACUUCCACCGGCGCUUUGACGGCUGGUGGUGCGCAGUGGGCACACAGAGCUUUGCAUCCGGGCGGCAUUACUGGGAGGUGGAGGUGGGCGAGAGGGACUGGCGGCUGGGCGUGGUCAAGGAGUCGGCACUCAGGAAGGGCUACAAGUCGCUGAACACGGAGAUGGGCUACCUGACCCUGCGCGUGGAGAGGGGCACUGAGUUCAAGGCGCUCACCGUGCCAUUCAGCCCUCUACCCUCGAGCCUCAUCCCCCGUAAGGUGGGCGUCUAUCUCGACUACGACAAUGGCCAGCUGUCUUUCUACAAUGUGGAGAACCGCUCGCACAUCUACACCUACAACGAGACCUUCACCGAGAAACUAUACCCGCUCUUUGGCACCGUGGAGGUUGCCAAGGGCUUGGUUAUCAGGUCGGCGGGGGCCAGGGGACACUGCUUCUGCCCUGGCCCCUGUCUGUGGGGCUAAGCACUCAGCCUCCUUCAUUGGCAAUGUUCCAUAGCUGGAUGUAUGUGACCUGUAUUGCUAGCCGGUGGUCCUUAGCUAUAAAUGCAGCAUGCGUUUCGCAUGCACAGAGCUGCGCCAUCGCUGCACUCGACCCUAUUAUUCCCGCUUGCUAGAAUGUCUAAUAAGCUCACACUGCAAAUUUCUGUCGGUCUAAAAGGAAAAAUUGUCAUGAUACAGUAGCACUUGUCCACUGUUGAUCUUGCAAUAAUGAAGCACUUUGUGUGAUUAAUAAAUUUAUCAAGUGAUAAAAAUCA